AUGUCCAAGGCUACCGUUGCUGUCAUUGCGGCAGCCAGUGCUGCUACAGGUGCUGGUAUAACAGCUCUCUUCUAUUCUUCCAGACCAAGUCCUCAACCGGCGCAACAACCACAACAAAAGGCCACCGCUGCUGCGCCGCCGUCCAGCACCCUCAAAACUCCUCCUCCUCAGCCCUCUCCACCCUCCCUAGCCUCGAAGGCUGCAUCUUCCUCCUCCUCCUCCCCUGUUGACCCCUCUGGAAUCUACCAAUAUGGCUUCCCCGGCCCCGUCGCGGACACCAUAUCCUCCCUCCCCCUAACCGGCGCCUACGAUCGCCGCACCCGCAAUCCCGCCUGGGUCGCAGAACAUAUCACGCCUCAAUCUCUCUCCAUGAAGGAGGCAGACCGCAAGCACAGCACCUUCUUCGAGGACACUGCCAUCCCGGCCAUCUUCCGAGCCAAAUUGGCGGAUUAUUUCCGCUCCGGCUACGAUCGCGGCCACCAAGUGCCCGCCGCCGACGCCAAAUGGUCGCAGGAAGCCAUGGACGGAACGUUCGCACUUACAAAUAUGUGUCCCCAGGUCGGCGAGGGCUUCAACCGGGACUACUGGGCCCACUUUGAGGAUUUCUGCCGGAAUCUUGCCAAAAAGUAUCCCUCUGUCCGCAUUGUGACCGGUCCCCUCUACCUUCCGCACCGAGACCAGGAUGGUAAAUGGCGCGUUUCAUACGAGGUUAUCGGCAACCCACCGAAUGUGGCUGUCCCCACCCAUUUCUAUAAGGUCAUCUAUGCGGAGGAAGGACCCGGUGCGCCUUCUGGAAAGGUUGCACUCGGUGCCUUCGUCUUGCCCAACGCGCGCAUCCCUAACGAUAAGCGUUUGACGGAGUUUGAGGUUCCUCUUGAGGCUGUUGAGAGGGCGUCUGGUCUGGAGUUUGCGUCCAAGUUGGAACCUGCCCGGAGGAAGCGCCUGUGCCAGGAGAUCAAGUGCGAUAUUGUUGUUCGGGAGUUCAACAACGCUUCUAAGCGCUCAUAA